CUACCAUAAUAAUUUGUGGGUGACUGUGAAAAUUGUGAACCACAUAUUAUUAAAAGAAUGGACCCCACGACAAUUUACUUAGAACUUUCCGCUAAUCCCACGACUGCAAUGGCCUUGAUGCCUGAGUGCGGGUCAAAGAUCACCUCUGCGGUUCAGUCGUCUUGAACUUUCCGACUUUUCUUACUCCGAAAGCUAAAUGUCCGAAAUGUCCCAUUUCUCAGUACCUUCCAAGAGUUGUCCUAAUGUGGGCUGUCCAGAACUAAAGACCGACUCUUCAUAGUCCCCGAAUCUGAAAAUGACUUUAGGGGUAAUAUCUUCAAAUUUCAUCAUGAUAAUGUCUCGUGUUUUUCUCAACUAGUUUCUUUCUCAUAUUUCCAACUGAGACUGAAAAACAACACGUUGCGAUAGGAAAUCUGAUCGAUCGCAUUCUUCUCCUUUUGGCUGCUAAACUAGGCGACCACUUCAGUACAGAAUUUUCUAUCCCAGGAAGGAUCUGAAGCUUUGACUAUUCUGCGCUAGGAAGCAUCCUCAGGCACGAGAAAAAGGCGUAUAAACGAGCGCGCAAUCCGUUCAUUCCUCGAACAGGUCCGUGAUUCCUGAGAAAAGAAGCAGGAACCAGAAUGUUUCAGAUUCUUCUCCUUCUAGGGUCACUUCUACUUCGUGAACAAGCAUCACCGGCAGCUCCUUUGGUGAAGGGCAAUUGCCCCAAAACGUGUGGGAACGUCACCAUUCCCUACCCCUUUGGGAUUGGAACCAGGUGUUUCCUCGACGAGUGGUAUGAGAUCAUCUGCCAGGAAAGCAGCAGCGGCACCUUUGCAGUUCUGAACAAGGCCAACUUGAGAGUGCUCAACCUUUCGCUACCUGAAGAGUUUCCCAACAAGAAUGGCAUGAUCAACGUCAGUCUUCCUAUAAUCUACUCGCCGAAUGCGAGCUGCGGGGGAAAUGGAAGCUUCACUCCUGUAAGCUUGAAAGGAAGCCAGUUUGUCUUCUCUGACUCAAGGAACGUCUUUGUUGCCGUCGGUUGCAACAUGCGUGCGCUGUUGCGAGACACGCAGUCUGCUAUAAUAGGAUGCGAGUCCAGCUGUGGAGCAGACGACACCGUUGUCCGGAACACGAGUUGUUCGGGCAGCGACGGAUGCUGCCAAACCACGAUUACCUCAGACCUUCAGGCUUUCAGUGUUGAUUUCCAGGCUGACAAUGGAACAGUAUGUAACUAUGCCUUCUUGGGCGAUAGGUCAAAAUUUGUGUCUUCGACUACGGACUUCAAUGAGUUGAGGGCGAACGGGCGUUUCGCGGCAGUGCUAGAAUGGGGGGUAGCUAAUACCUCAGACGUUGCAUUAGAGGUUUACUAUAACAACAGCUACUACAGCCGCGACGAUUCCUAUUACUGCAGCACACGUAGCUUCAAUUCAGACUAUCGCAUGGAGAUGCCGUUUUUGCAGUGUUCUUGCUCUUUUGGCUUCACCGGUAACCCCUAUAUUAUUGGUGGAUGCGAAGAUAUUAACGAAUGUGAAGUUCCACAUCUGUGCAACGGGACUUGUAUGAACAAACGGGGCAGUUUUAAGUGCGUAGCUAGUAGAAGGACAACCAUUCUUAUUGGGUUUGGGGCAGGCCUUGGGGCUCUACUUUUGGGUCUUGCGUUAUGGAGGUUGUACAAAUACGCCAAGAAGAGAAAAGAAAUCAAGCUCAAAGAGAAGCACUUCAAACGCAAUGGUGGUCUUUUGUUGGAAAGUGAACUAUCUUCACCAGAAGGCAACGUCGAGAAGAGCAAAUUGUUCACCUCCAAGGAUUUAGAGAAGGCCACUGACAAUUUCAGCGAGGAUAGGAUACUUGGACAAGGUGGGCAGGGUACUGUUUACAAGGGAAUGUUAACAGACGGAAAAAUAGUGGCGAUCAAGAAAUCGAAAGUGAUAGACGAGGGAAAAAUCGAACAGUUCAUAAACGAAGUCCUCAUUCUCUCACAAAUCAACCAUAGGAAUGUGGUUAAGUUGUUGGGUUGCUGCUUGGAGACAGAAGUCCCACUUCUAGUAUAUGAGUUCAUACCAAACGGGACUCUAUACCAAUAUCUGCAUGACCCAAAUGAAGAGUUUCGUGUAUCGUGGGACACACGCUUACGAAUUGCAACUGAAAUCGCAGGAGCCUUAUUUUACUUGCAUUCAGCAGCCUCUAUUCCCAUUUAUCAUCGAGACAUCAAGUCCACCAAUAUCCUAUUGGAUGAGAAAUAUCGAGCGAAAGUGGCGGAUUUCGGUACUUCCAGGUCCGUUUCCCUUGAUCAAACUCACGUGACCACAUUGGUGCAGGGGACUUUUGGCUACCUAGAUCCCGAGUAUUUCCAAUCAAGUCAGUUCACAGACAAAAGUGAUGUGUACAGCUUUGGAGUUGUACUUGUCGAGCUAUUGACGGGACAAAAACCUAUCUCGUCGCUGAGGGAACAAGAAGGAAGAAGCCUUGCGACCUAUUUCAUAAUCUUGAUGGAGGAGAACCGCUUGUUUGACAUGGUCGAUCCUCAAGUUUUGAAAGAAGAUAAGAAGGAAGAGAUCGAAUCAGUUGCUAACCUUGCGAAAAGGUGCUUAAACUUGAAUGGGAGAAACCGGCCUACCAUGAGAGAAGUGGCAAUGGAAUUGGAGGGGAUAAGGAAGCUCCCGAAUCCUUCAGGCGUGGAUCAAAAUAAGGAGAACCGAGAGGCAACUGGAUCUUAUGACUCUGCUUUUACAUCUAGCAAGGCAAACAUUGAGAUGGAUGUCAUUACAUUGUCGGAUGUGCAGCCACUCUUGCCCAGUGGGACAUGGUGACUGUUACAACUCUAAAAGAAAUCGGUCUUCAAAGCAAAAGAAAGAAAAAAGGAAGGAGGAGGAAAACUUGUUAGGUUACUAAUAGGAGGAUUGGGUAGUUAUUUAUGGAUUAUGAACUUAUUCUCGGUGUUUGGGAGCAAUAACUAGUUAAGCGUACAUAUCCCAAAUUUUAUUCAAAUCAUGUAAUUAGCUAGGAAUUAUCGUACUGUUCCAAUUUGGCAAAUACUCAUAAUCUAGCUCGAGCAUGAUGCAGUGAUUUUACUU